AUGGCGCGAACAGCACAGCGAGACCCCAAGGCUCCCGUAGCCGGGCCAUCAAAACAGCCCAAACCACCAAAGCAUCCAAACAACGCGAAGGAAACUACCAUUCAACACGGCGGCGACGAGGUUGAGCUACUAUCCGAUGGCGAUGUGGUAGAGGUGCCUACACCCCCGCCAAAGACGGCCGCGAAGAAGACGGCCGCAAAACCUCAGCCCAAAGGGAAGGCAAAGGCUCCCGCACAGACGGUGGCUCAAAAGCCCAGCCUCAGCAAAGUCACGGAGACCGAUGGUGAUGUAGUGAUGCAGGAACGUUCGUCAGACGACCCUCCAGCUAAGAAGAAAGUACCUCCGCCUAGUUCGCGGGCCGCCCCGACAGCUCGAACGAAACCUAUCGAUACAUCCCCGCGGGAAAUGGAGCGUCUUCGGAAGGAGGUUGCCGCUCUGCGCGAGGAGCGGGACAAAUUUGCGCAGAAAUGCGACGAGAUACUCAAUUUGCGAGUCUCGGAACCUGAACAGGCCCUGCGAGUACAAGCUGCGAAUUAUGAUGCCCGAUUACAAACGCAGGAAGACCUCAUCAAAGAGUUAACCUCGCAGAUAGCCAGGGUGGAACCACUUGCUCGAGGGCAAGCCGGCCCUGCCGCCGUCCACUUCUUGACCCGAGAGGCCGUCGACGAGGAAAAACGACAGGCCGAAAGGGAUCGUGACAAAUGGAAAGAGGAAUCAGAAGGCAAGGAUGCCAUCAUUAUACAGAAAGACCGCGAAAUUGCUGAGUUGAUAAAGCAACAACGGUUACUUGAAUCCGACCUGAAAGCCGAGAUCGACCGCUCGAAGUCGUUGACGUCCCGUCCCACACCGUCCUCGUCAGUGGCGCGACCCGGGGCUAAAACAGCGGCACCGGAUAUGGCCAAGAUUAUCACUUUCUACGAGGAUAUGACCAAUCUCCUGGUUAUAAGCGUCAAGUACGAAAACACCCAUCCGAACUGGGAGGCCUUGGGUCUUGAGGAACCAAAAAUACGAUGUUUAUACACCCAUAACGAACAUCCCGAACUUACUCUGAGUUUCGAACUGUACUUCUACUACGAACCGCUCCCAGAACUUCCUGAAGACGCGACGAUCACCUCAAAAGACCAGCUCGUUUGCCAAGUGAGAUAUACCCCCCUGGAGCUCGAAAAGAUUCCAGAGCACGUCCGGGAUCGUCUCGAGUUCAUCGGAGGCCCCUUCACCUUUGCCAAGUGGCAAGCGUCGGUAUUCCUGAGGACGCUUGCUACAAAACUGGGAGACGCACAGACAGAUGAAGCGUCGGAUGAAGAAGACGCGGGAGGAGACGAGGAUGGGAGCAUCGAAUACGUAGAAGGUUGA